GCGGCGCCGUGCCGUCCUCCGCAGGCUGCGCUCGUCCCCGCCGCCCAGCCGGCUCGCGUUCGUGCCUGAAGGAGGAAACAGUGACAGACCUGGAGACUGCAGUCCUCUGUCCUUCACACAGUUCUUUCAACAUGCCUGGAUCACUUCCUUUGAACACAGAAGCCAGCUGGCCAAAAGAUGUGGGAAUCGUUGCCCUUGAGAUCUACUUUCCUUCUCAGUAUGUUGAUCAAGCAGAAUUGGAAAAAUACGAUGGUGUAGAUGCUGGAAAGUACACCAUUGGCUUAGGUCAGGCCAGGAUGGGCUUCUGCACAGAUCGAGAGGAUAUCAACUCUCUUUGCCUGACUGUGGUUCAGAAUCUGAUGGAGAGAAAUAGCCUUUCCUAUGAUUGCAUUGGGCGGCUAGAAGUUGGAACGGAGACAAUCAUUGACAAAUCAAAAUCAGUGAAGUCAAACUUGAUGCAGUUGUUUGAAGAGUCUGGGAAUACUGACAUCGAAGGAAUAGAUACAACCAAUGCAUGCUAUGGGGGCACAGCUGCUGUCUUCAAUGCUGCUAACUGGAUUGAGUCCAGCUCUUGGGAUGGACGGUAUGCUCUGGUAGUUGCAGGAGACAUUGCCAUAUAUGCCACAGGUAACGCCAGACCUACAGGUGGAGUUGGAGCUGUGGCUCUGCUCAUUGGGCCAAAUGCCCCUUUAAUUUUUGACAGAGGGCUCCGGGGGACACACAUGCAGCACGCCUACGACUUCUACAAGCCCGACAUGCUCUCGGAGUACCCCGUAGUGGACGGGCGGCUCUCCAUCCGCUGCUACCUCAGUGCGCUGGACCGCUGCUACUCCGUCUACCGCCAGAAGAUCCGCGCCCAGUGGCAGAAAGAGGGAUGUGAUAAAGAUUUUACCCUGAAUGAUUUUGGCUUCAUGAUCUUUCACUCACCAUAUUGUAAACUAGUUCAGAAAUCUCUAGCUCGGAUGUUCCUGAAUGACUUCCUUAAUGAUCAGAACAGAGAUAAAAAUAGUAUCUAUAGUGGCUUGGAAGCCUUUGGGGAUAUUAAAUUAGAAGAUACAUACUUUGACAGAGAUGUAGAAAAGGCAUUUAUGAAGGCUAGUUCUGAAUUAUUUAACCAGAAGACAAAGGCAUCUUUGCUUGUAUCAAACCAAAAUGGAAAUAUGUAUACAUCUUCUGUAUAUGGUUCCCUUGCUUCUCUUCUAGCACAGCACUCGCCUCAGCAGCUGGCAGGGAAGAGGAUUGGUGUGUUCUCCUAUGGCUCUGGUCUGGCUGCCACUCUGUACUCUCUUAAAGUGACACAAGACGCCACGCCAGGAUCUGCUCUUGACAAAAUCACAGCAAGUUUAUGUGAUCUUAAAUCAAGGCUUGACUCAAGAAUUUGUGUAACACCAGAUGUCUUUGCGGAAAGCAUGAAGCUCAGAGAGGACACGCACCACCUAGCCAAUUAUAUUCCUCAGUGUUCAAUCGAUUCGCUCUUUGAAGGAACAUGGUAUUUAGUGCGAGUGGAUGAAAAGCACAGAAGAACUUAUGCCCGCCGCCCCUCUCCAAAUGACCACACUUUGGAUGAAGGAGUAGGACUCGUGCAUUCAAACAUAGCAACAGAGCAUAUCCCAAGCCCUGCUAAAAAAGUGCCAAGACUCCCAGCAACAACAGCCGAACCAGAAGCCGCUGUCAUUAGUAAUGGCGAGCACUAAGCUCCUUGAGGCGUGAGAGUUCACCGUGGUUUGGGGCUGGGUUGGGAAUAUGCGAAUGAUUGAAGAAAUGGGAUGUCUGGGGACAAUUUUAAAGGAUUAAAUGUUGCUUCAAGUUUUUAUGUGACCGACACAGAGCCUAGAAAACUGUCGUGUUCUGAAAAGUCUCUGCUCGACUUGGUAAUGUGCUUCCUGUUGUGGUUGGCCAAUGCUAAAUGUACUCAAUGACGUUAAGGGCUCUGUAAAACUUUAUACCUCUCUGGUCCUUUGUAUGCAUGCAGUUUAGUUUUUAAACAUGGUAUGAACUGAGUGCUUUUGUGAGAAGAAGCAGAGGUAUACAUCUCUAAUUUACAAGAAAAUUUUUUACAUGUACUUGAGAAUUUUAUACUUUGGACAAAUAAGAAAGUACCUGUGGCUUUAAAGAAACUUUUCUAGCUUGGGGAACAUGGACAUAACAUGUAAUAUGCACAAACCCCUCUUGAAAUUGGCAAGACAAACAUUUUUUUUAAGAUCUAUAAACCGUGCAGAGGCAGAAAAGCAGACAGGCAUAUUGGUUCUGGGAUCUGUAACCAUAGGCCAGCAGUGACAAGUGAUUCUUCCCCUCUUCAGAAAGAUGCUAGCAUUGAGUAGGCCUCUGUCCUGGGAAACAAGGUACAUCUGGGGUUUCUGAUCAGUUCAUGGUGGACUGUGCUAAGCAACGCUGACAUGUUACUGGUGUGUGAGGAAGCAUGUUGCAAUCCUUAGCACCUUAUUCUGAAAGAUGAAGGAAACCUUUGGUUGCUUCCUUUUUAAAAUUUAAAGUAGGAAGGAUGGGGCGGGGCAUUACUAGGUUACAUAUGCUUCAGUAUUAUAAAUUCACUUUCAUAGACUGAUAGCUUAAUUAAAUUCAUGGGAUAAAAUUUCCUUUGUGGUUGUGUGUACUUUUUUUUGUGUAUCUGAUCAAUGAAUAUAGGAAGAUACAACCCACGUUUUUACAUAGCCUGAGUAGCUAAAAAGAAUGUUCCAAUCUCAGAUCUGGAAAUAGAGUUUAUAACAUUUUCCUUAGACUUACACCAUAAAACGACAAAUAGAAAAUAUCAUAUGGGAUGAAUAAGAUUGCUUAGAAAGUUUUGUAGGUGUUUUUGGUGCUGAACUAUAUCGACAUGAGCCUUAGAUUGUAAAAUAGAGAUAGUUGGAACUAAUGUACAGAAAUAAAAUUUUUAAACUUUAUUUGCUGUUAAAUUCUGUGAAGUUUCAGUUAUCUAAAAAUACACACAAACAUAUAAUGUUUUAGAUUGCAAGGUGAUAUGUAAUGCAGUGUUUGUAAAAUACUCUUGUCUAAUAUGAACUAGUAUUUUGAUUGUACAGUUAUAAUUUGUAAAAAUGAUUUCAUUUUAACAUCCUUGGUGUAGAUUAAUAAUGUAAGUUCAGAUUUAAAGAAUGGUGGGAAAACGGUGCAUGUAAUACUUUGGCAAGUAUUUGGAGUUCUGUAUGCUCUGAAAGAGUCAUUUAGUGUUGGUGCCAAGAACUGGGUUUUCUCAGAGUCCAUUGCCGGCAGUGGGCAAGCCUGAUAAUGCUGGCACAGAACUAUAACCACACACCUUACUAACAGUGAGGUGAAUAACUUGGAAAUAAAGUUUUAGACGAGUA